CGCGGCACCGCGAUCUUCCCAGCCCGGAGAGAGCCCAGCUCGGGCGGCGCGCACCGGGCAUUGCUGUGCGCGCGCCCGCCGCCCCUGCAGCCCCUCGGCCCGCUCCGCCCUCUGGGUCGUGGCGCCCGUCCCUCCCCUGCUCUCCCGUCGCCGCCCGGACAGCGGCUCGGGAGCUGGGCCGGGGCAGGGGCGGGAGCCGCGGGACGAGCGCCUGAGGUGCCGUGAAGACGCCAUGGAGCUGAGCAGCAAGAAGAAGCUUCAUGCCCUGUCUCUGGCUGAAAAGAUCCAGGUGCUGGAACUCCUGGAUGAGUCCAAGAUGUCCCAGUCAGAGGUGGCCCGGCGCUUCCAGGUCUCCCAGCCCCAAAUCUCACGCAUCUGCAAGAAUAAGGAGAAGCUGCUGGCGGACUGGUGCAGCGGCACAGCCAACCGCGAGCGGAAGCGCAAGCGGGAGUCCAAGUACAGCGGGAUUGACGAGGCUCUGCUCUGUUGGUACCACAUUGCCCGGACCAAGGCCUGGGAUGUGACGGGGCCCAUGCUGCUCCACAAAGCCAAGGAGCUGGCGAACAUCAUGGGCCAGGAUUUUGUGCCCAGCAUCGGCUGGCUGGUCCGCUGGAAACGCCGAAACAAUGUAGGCUUUGUGUCCCGCCAUGUACUUGCAACUCCGUUCCCCCCUGAGCCACCUUCCUCAGGCCCCAUAGCCCAGGCCCAGCUGCCUCUUUCCCUUAAAGACUUCUCCCCAGAGGACCUUUUUGGCUGUGUGGAGGUGCCCUUGUUCUAUCGGGCAGUGCCCGGCAGAGUGGGUAUAUGUGAUCAAGUACAGGUGCUGCUCUGUGCCAACAGCAGAGGCACAGAGAAGCGGCGGGUAUUGGUCAGUGGGCUCCAGGCUGCAUCAAGGUGCUUCUUUGGGGUCAGCAGUGAGGCUCUGCCCGCCUCCUACCACCCUGACCUGGGCAUCCCCUGGUCAGAGUGGUUGGCACAGUUUGAUCGGGACAUGGGGCAGCAAGGCCGACAGGUAGCCUUGCUGCUGGCUGCCCAAGUGGCAGAAGAGUUGGCAGGCCUGCCUGGGCUCUGCCAUGUGAGGCUCUUGCCUCUGUCUGCUGCUGGCAUCAUGCCUUCCCUGCCCAGCUCCGUGGUCCGGUCCUUUAAGGCCCAUUACCGGCACCGUCUGUUGGGCAAGCUGGCUGCCAUCCAGAGCAAGAGGGCUGGCACCUCACUGGCUGAGGCUGGGGCAGGUGUCACAGGGCUGGAUGCUUUGCACAUGGCGGCAGCAGCCUGGGCCAAGGUGCCUCCCCAGCUCAUUGUCAGUAGCUUCAUUCAGGAAGGGCUGGCUCCCUGGAAAAUGCCUCUGUCCCCAGACAAAGCCCCUGAGAUGCCGCCAGCCCCUGGCGGGCUGAGCCACGAGGAGUUUUCCCGCUUUGUGGAUCUGGAGGGUGAGGGGCCUGUGUCUGGAGCAUGCAAAGAGGAGACGGGCACGGAAGAUGAGGAGGGGGCUGGGGAGGAUGGCUUCGAGCCUCUGCCCACCAAAGCCGAUGCCCUCCGGGCCCUGGGCACACUGAGGAGAUGGUUUGAGUGCAAUAGCACCUCUCCUGAACUAUUUGAAAAAUUCUAUGCCUGUGAGGAGGAGGUGGAGCGGCUCUGUUGCCUGUGAAGGCCCCCUCCUCUCCUGUUUCCCAUGGAAACACCCUCUCUCAGAAGGCAGGUGACUGGCUGGUGUCUUUCCUAUGGAAAUGGAGCUUUUGUGAAAAGUGUAGAAGGGAGACAAGUUGGGAGACCAAGUCUGAGCUCUGAGCGAAGGUGAUCCAUCCAUCCCUGAGAAGAGGGGUCCAGAGAUAGGGGCUGCAGGAGUGAAGCCAGGUGGUGGAGCUUCUGAACCUCAAGGGAGGCUGGGACUUGGGAAAGUGGGAUUUGGGGUUUAUAGACAGGCUGAUCCCUGACCUGUGGGUUAAAGAGUUCUGCUUCUAGAAAUAAAGCUUUUAAUCAGA